AUGCGUUUCGCAAACUUCAUUUUGGCCGGUGGCCUCGCAACAUCCGCUUUCGCAGCUCCGGUAGCUGUUGUUGACGAUGAGAGCUGCGAUGCCGAUCCAACUCCCUCUGUUGCCGCCUCUUCAAUUGCACCAUCAAGCACCCCAGCUGUUGCUCCAACUUCGGUUGCUUCAACAAGCAGCGCUGCUGUUUCCAAGGCUGCUGUCGCUUCUCAUCCUGCUGCACCAUCCAGCGCUGCUACUUCUGGAAAGUUGCAAUGGAUCGGAGCUAGCGAGUCUGGAGCCGAAUUUGGACAGGGAAACCUCCCAGGUGUAGUAGGAACCGAUUACACCUUCCCAAACACUUCUGCUAUCCAAAUUUUGAUCGAUGGUGGCAUGAACAUUUUCCGUCUUCCAUUCCUCUUUGAGCGUAUGGCCCAAGGCAGCUUAACCGCUACCCUUGAUGCCACUUAUCUUGCUAGCUACAAGGAAGUCGUCGAUUACAUUACCGCCGCCGGUGCCAGCGCAGUCUUGGACGCUCAUAACUUUGGACGUUACAACGGUAACAUUAUCACCUCCACCUCCGACUUUGGAAGCUUCUGGAGCAAGCUCGCCGCUGUGUUUGCCACAAACGACAAAGUCAUCUUUGACUGCAACAACGAGUUCCACGACGAACCUACCGCUACUAUCUACGCUGAGCUCAACCAAGCAUGCGUUACUGCUGUUCGUGGCGCUGGCGCAACCUCCCAAUACAUCUUUGUUGAGGGAACUUCGUACACUGGUGCAUGGACCUGGACUUCAUCUGGAAACGCCGUUUCCAUGUUGAACAUCACUGAUCCAGAAGACAAGCUUAUCUAUGAAUUCCAUCAAUACCUCGACUCCGAUGGAUCCGGAACCUCCGCCACCUGUGUGAGCAGCACCAUUGGUGCUGAGCGCAUCGCUGAUGCCACUGCCUGGCUCAAGGCCAACAACAAGAAGGGUGUCCUCGGAGAAUUUGCCGGUGGUGUUAACGCUGACUGUGAAUCUGCUAUCUCUGGUAUGUUGGAUGCUAUGGCUGCCGAUAACGAGUACUGGUUGGGUGCUUUGUGGUGGGGUGCUGGUCCAUGGUGGGGUGAUUACAUCUACUCUUUCGAGCCACCUACCGGUGUUGCUUACGUUGAAUACUUCAAGACCCUUGUCGGCUAUGUAGCAUAA